UUCCGUCUCCCAUCCACCUCACUUUACUGUGUCUUCAUUCAACAGACCAUAUUAAGCCGAACCCCCUGAGCACAGGAAGGGAAGCAGCAGCUGUGUGCAGACUCCUCCUAGGUUUCCUGUCUUGUAAAGCCUGAAGAUAUGGCGUCUGCUGAUCUGAGGAACGAGCUGCUCUGCUCCAUCUGCCUGAGCACUUUUACUGAACCUGUAACCCUGAGAUGUGGACACAGCUUCUGCCGGGUCUGUAUUGAUCAGGUUCUAAAUACACAAGAGGAGUCUGGAGUUUAUUCCUGUCCUGAAUGUAGAACAAAGUCUCGGCAUCGGCCUGCACCGAGGAAGAACAUAACUCUGUGUAACGUAGUGAAGAAUUUCCUGUCUACUCAGCCACGUGAGGGGGAGGUCAUCGGGAUCUGCUGCACUUACUGUGUGGACUCUCCAGUACCUGCUGUGAAAUCCUGUCUGCACUGUGAGGCUUCUCUGUGUGAUAAACACCUAAAAGUUCACAACAAAUCGGAGGAACAUGUCUUGAUUAAACCCAGCAAUUCUCUGGAGAAAAUGAAAUGCUCCAUCCAUAAGAAAAUCUUGGAAUAUUACUGCCCCAAGGAUGAUGCUUAUAUCUGUGUUUACUGCUCAGCUGAAGAACACCAGGGACACCAAGUGGAGAAGCUGGAUGAACCUUUUGAGAAAAAGAAGAAAAAACUAAGACAUUUUCUGCAGAAACUAAUCCCAAAGAGAGAGGUAAUUAAGAAAAGAGUCCAGAGUCUAGAGGAGCGCUGGAGAAAAUCUCAAGAAAAAUCAGCUGGAGAAGCCGAGAGAGUCAUUGCCCUGUUUCUUGACAUCAGGAGACGACUGGACAACCUUGAGGACAGUGUCCUGAGUGAGAUCUCCAGGCAGGAAGAGGAAGAGUCACUGUCACUGUCUGAUGUGAUCCAGAAGUUGGAAAACAAAAAGGACGAGCUGUCCAGGAAGAUUAGUCACAUUGAGGAGCUGUGUAACAUGACGGAUCCACUGACUUUCUUACAGGAACCAGACACAGGUGACUUGUGUGAUCCUGAGGAGGAGGGAGGUGAUGAGGACACAGGGGGACAUGAUAAGACACAUGAUGUAGAUGAUCUGGAUGUGAUUACAGGGAUGUUACAUAAAGGUUUCUCUGAUAUAAUUACAUAUCUACAGAACAUCUCAGCCACAAAACCAGAAAACAAGAGAAAACGCUACAACUGGUACCGAUCUCCACCCAGUCACACAAAAACUUCUCCUGUGUCACGUACAGAAUAUGGGGGUGAUGGUGUAAUAGUCAGGCCUGGGGGUGCUGGGGAGGAGGUAAUGGAUGCAGGCGAUGAAGGGGUCGUUGGGCAGGGUCCUGCAGACAUAUUACUGGAUGUAAACACAACUUAUACUAAUCUCCUUAUAUCAGACGACCGGAAAACUGCAACCUGGACACUACAUACGCAGUAUUUUCCUGAAACGGCAAAGAGAUUCCUGUAUUAUCCUCAGGUGAUGAGCAUCAGGAGAUUUUUCUCUGGACAACAUUACUGGGAUGUGGAGAUCCAUGGGUCAGGGGUGUGGAGGGUGGGGAUGUGUUAUCCCAGUAUAAACAGGAGGGAAGAUCCGUUACACAUUCAAAAUAAUAAGAAUAAUAAGUUCUGGGGUUUAUGUGGAGAGCAAUGGGGUAAUAAUCAACCGUACUUAGUGACACAUGACAAGAAAGAGAUCCAGUUACCUAACGGUAUAUACAGUAGAAGGUUCAGGACCUAUCUGGAUUAUGAGGCGGGACAGCUGUCCUUUUAUUAUCUGUGUGACACCAUUAGACACUUACACACCUUCACCACCACCUUCACCGAGCCCCUUCAUGUUGUAUUGUAUGUAGGGGGAGGCUCUAUCAAGAUAUUAAGGGAGUAGCAGUUUUGUGGAACCAUUAUCGUAGAGAAAUCUACCAGGAGACUGGGGACAUCGUGGAAGGCAGAAUCUGAAAGGGUCCUACUGAGGCAGAGGGGGUGGCCUCAAUCCCCCAACCACAUCAAGCCAAACCCCCUGAGCACAGGAAGGGAAGCAGCAGCCGUGUGCAGACUCCUCCUAGGUUUCCUGUCUUGUAAAUCCUGAAGAUAUGGCG